AUCAAUCGAACACGUCUUCUUUUAGAUACAAAUCAAUUCAGUACCACAACCAAACCAGCAUAACACCUCUAUACUAAACACCACAUAUAACAUCAUGCCUCGCGGAGUCGAAUACGCUCAGGACAACCAAGUGUCCGACAACACCUUCGAAGCCGGUGACACGAAGGUUCACGGCACAAACCCCGACAACGACCACAUGAACCGCGUCGACCGCACAGCGCCCAUGCCUGAGGUGACCGGCUCCUCGGAACCGUACAGUGGACAGCCCCAUUACAGUAACCUGCAUGGCAGCGGCAAGGGUGGACACGAGCCUAAGACACUGGGCGAGAACAAGGGGGUCGGUGCCCAGGGUGUUUAAACGGUUAUGAAUAGGAUUAUGAGAUUUGGACUAGUUGGGCCAGGCGCCUAACUUCCAAACACAUAUAAUUUUUUUCUCGCACCUUCCUGUCGGCCGCCAUUGAGUGGAGGGCUGAUAUUGGAGUUUAUGCAUUAUAUAAAUAUAUGAUUGAAACGAAGUUAAGAACUUCUGCAUCCGAGGAAACCUGUUUCAAUCCGAUUUGUAGGAUAUAUUGACACGAAAUAGUAAAAAAUAUAUAAUCUAUGGACG